UUAGGUUGGUUGGGGAAGGGGAACAUUAUAGUUCGUAUUUUUUUUUAAUUGAGGCCAUCGUGUUGCCCCCUACUUUUCUCAGUAUGAAGCGAGCUUGUGUUUUACUAGGUGCCGGGAAAAGACAUGGUCUAGUGCGUCAAGGUGAUUUCCCUAUCAAGUCUUCACGCUUCACACCUAUUCAUCUGCAUAGUGCUAAAAAUACAUCUAAACCUACAGAGCUAGAGAACCAAAAGUGCACCAAAACAUGUACAGCUACAAAAGACGGUCCUUCAACAUGUUAUUGACUCGCUCGCUUUGUUCUUACUACCCUCUUCUCCCUUUCUAACCCUUUCUUUCCGUUUCUGUUCUUCUCACUCAAGGCUAGUCUCAGAAAGGGGAAAUCCUCUACCCUCCUCCUAUUCCAGGAAGUCGCAAAACUCUUAUCUACCUCCCAUCAGGAAAUUUGUUGCUUUUGUAGAAUUUUAGAAUAUGCUGCAGAGACUCGUUGGGGAGUACAUUUAGCACAGAUGUCUGCGUGUUAAUAUCUAUCUAUUCAAAGACAGUGAAGCACUCAGUCAUGUGAUAGCACAGUGACGUCAAGGUGAAAGUAAAUAGAGGGAAGCGCGCGCUGGAUUUACCGUUAGUGCCACUAUGGGACAAAGAGGUGCACCCGCACACACUCAUACACGAAAGAAGGAGGGAUGUUUUCUGGACUUUUGGGUGUUCUCACCAGGUUUUCAAAUCUGAAACUGUGUAGUCGGCCCUGUCUGGUGUCCCACUCCAUGUACAAUGUUUUCUCUGAGGACACUGCUCAUUGCAGCAUUGCCUCUGCUGGUCCUGAGCUCUGAGCCAGAGCAGUGCUCUUUCCAAGAAUUUACCCGUCACAGUAAGUAUUCUCCUGUCCUGGCAUCACUGCAGUGCUAUAAUGACUUCACUACUCAGAUCCGCUGCACCUGGGAGGAGCCGGCAGAUGCACACUUACACAUAGCAGUAAGAACAAAAGGACAGUGCGUCUCAGACAGUAACAGGGAGCUGCAGUCUAACGGAAUGUUUAGCCGGAGUUGUGUCUAUGAAACACAAGUAUUCAGCAUGGGCAACCAUGAAUUCUUCAUCAACACAUCCUGCCCCUCUAAAGUCACAACUUUUAAUAUAGCAACACAAGGUAAGGUCCUGCCCCCAGCUAAUUUUUCUGUGAAAAAACAGAAUAGUGGCCAUCAAGUGCUGAGCUGGAGUAGCCCGUAUCCUCCCUCAUCUCCACUCACAUUAAACCUUACUUACCAACUCAAGUACAGAAGACAUGAUCAUGAAUGGAUUGUGGUAGAUGAUAUCAAUGUCACAGAGUUUGUUAUCGAGAGUCAGACUAUCUUGCUGGGGUACUCAUACGAGGCCAGGGUGCGAGCAAGGAGUCCUGUAGGCCCGUGGGGCAGCUGGAGUCAGAAAGUGGUCUGGAUGAUUGAGAAAGAAGGUAUCGUUAACCUGCAGUGUGUGCUCAAGGAAGGAGGGGUGAUGUGUGAUUGGUUGGUGCAGAGUUCGCAAGCCAAGUUCCUCUCAUAUUACCUAUGUGGCCACAUCAGUGGAAGAGACAUGAAAUGUAUCCACUGUGACAGCCAGGUUGAGCCUUCUCAGUUUGAAAACUUUGUUCAUUUAAAAUGUUAUAUGGAUAGCCCUGAACCUGAACUGCUGACCAUGGAGAUCAGGAGCUUACGAAAGUUCAAGGCCAUUUGUAACCCAGACAAUAUUCAGCCACCACGUCCACUGCAAUUGAAGGUAUAUAUGAAGGAUGAUGUUUUAAAGCUCAGCUGGGCUCGUCCGAGUGUUAGCGAAAAACUCACAUUGUCCUAUUUGGUGUACCUUGAGAGUAUUGACAAAGAGGAGAAGGUAAACAUGAAUUGCUCUGAACCAGACCUCAGUAUAAAUAUUCCCUUCAACCUGAGACCCUCUACAAGAUACAUAGCUAUGAUGAGAGCAGUUCCUGGCCCCGCCUUUGCUGGAAGACCCUCUGAUUGGUCUGAUCCUGUAUACUUCACCACGCCAUUAGCUCCUGGGACCAAAACCCCAAUUUACAUAUUGAUAGCUGUGUUAGUGGCCGUGCUUUUCAUCAUCUUGUAUAAUGCCCUUCCAGCCUGCCACAGGAGGUUUGUGCUGUGGAAUAUUUCCAUUCCUUCUCCAAUUAACAGCAAAGCUCUUGGAGAAAUAAGCAAUAAGAAAUUACUUGAUAAUCCAUACACUGACAACGAGAAAACCUCAGUGUUUAUUAUACAGACUUCAGAUAACCCUAUCAUCUGUAAGGGCAGUAUCUCUGAGUACCCGCUUUUAACAUGCAGCAGUGACAUUGACCUUGCCAUGACUGACUCAGGAUGGCCACAAGGGUCAAGCCACUCAUCUUUAUUUGUUGAAGGACAGACAAUUUGCAGAAUGACAGACAAAUCUGGCAUAAGCUUCAUCGGACCAUACAUCCUCUGCCGCAAAGACUCUUCCUCGACAACUGAAACUUCUGACACGUUCUUCUCAUCCCACUUAAACUUCGGUGAUGAUGAAAGAUACGUUUCUGAAAGCACCGAGGAUUCUAUGUCAAUAAAAGGAGGCUAUGUUUUAACCCCUCCUAAAAAUUCAGCUUCAGAAUGCUCAACUAAAAUCGAUAAUUUAUCUAGUGAGAACAGAGAGUCUAAAAAGUCAGAGCUCCCUAAUGACGAUCCUCCGGCAUACACCCCAAGCCCAGAUGCGGCCUCCAGUGCCAUUUUUUCUCAUCCAUCUGGAUACUGUCUGAUGCCCAACAUGGAGACUGUUGCAGGAUGGGUGUCUGCUUCCAUUCCAUUACCAGAGGGCAACACAGAGCGAAAGUUGCAUCAGAUAGAAGGAGAUUCCCCUGAGCGCAGUUAUGUGACACUUUCUCAGCGUGGACUCUAAUACAUUUUGUUUCAGCGAUAACUCAGCACAUUAAUAAACCAGGGCCAGAAGUUAAUAUUUAAAGGUCACAAAUAAAGCGUCUUGCCCAUGCAUCAUGCAACUUGAACUUAUGACUUCAUAUGUUUUGGAAACAUGGCAACUAGUUAAUGAUUUGGGAAAAACAGGCAAAAUGUGUCUUUAGACUAAAUAUAGACUAAUUGUAAAUCCAAUGCAACUCCUGUGACUUCAGUAUGUCUUUGUGGAUCUGUAUCUAACUUUAUUUGAACAUUUUAAUAGCUGUCAUAAGUCAGACAGUGUUUUGUGAAUACACAAUUGAUCUACAUAAUGAUAACUCAUUGCCUUUAUUCAGUCAUUUAUGGCCUAUUCAUAUUUCUUAUUUUACUUUAAGCUAUUUUAAAGCUCACUACUCUAUUAUUGACUUUUCUGCAGUAUUUACAUGUGAACGACGUAAAAAUGCUAAUGUCUAUUUUUCUGUAUCAUGCCAUGCUGUCCAGAAGAUGGCAGUGUUUGUUGACUUUGUUAAACCAAACUCAUUGGUUGUCUUUGCAUUAUGUUGCACACUGAAUUAUAUAAUUAUGAAAACUGUGGACCCUGAGCUAUAAUUAUUAUUCCUGCGACUUUGAAUGUACAAUGUACUUAAAUGAAUUUUCAUUUAAGGUUGUCCUAAGUGUUUGCUGCAUUUGUACAAUGUUUAAAAUGCUGAAAUGAUUAAACAAAGUGCAUUUUACAUUUCAA